UCUGCCCGCGUCCACGCGGGUGCCUCUGUCUCCCGGAGCCCGCCGCUCUCUGUGAGGAGGGGGCCACCAAGUCGGGGUCUCACUUUAGGGUCUCUCCCAUGGCUUCACAGGAGAGAGUGGAGGCAGUGACCAAAGAAACGGAGUUCUGGCGCUGCCCCAAGCCGGUUGCUUACACUCCGAGGACCUGCGAGCUGCUGAAAGUGAUGAUGAAGGAAUCCAAACUGACCAGCUUCCAGCAGCGCCACAUCUUGGACACCAUGAAAAGAGGAAAACCUUUGCCCCUACAGUGCAAUCCAACAUCCAGCCAGAAGGGCUCUCCUUCCAAGCAACACCCCCCUGCUAACUACCUGCCCCCCAUCCUGGCAGCCCGCUCCCACCUCCGGCCUGCCAGCAUGUGCCAAGCCAACGGGGCCUAUAUCCGGGAGCAGUUCAAGCCUCAAGCCACCAGAGAUCUGGAAAAGGAAAAACGGAGACUCCAAAAUAUCUUUGCCACUGGGAAGGAUCCAGAGGAACAGAAAAGAAAAGCACCCCCUGUGCAACAGGAGGAUCCAGCCCCUGAGCUGGAUCGGUUUGAAGAAUUGGUGAAGGAAAUCCAGGAGAGGAAAGAAUUCCUGGCUGCCAUGGAGGCUCUGGGACAGGGCAAGCAAUACCAAGGAAUCAUCCUCACUGAGAUCUCCCAGAAACUAAGGGAAAUGGAAGAUGUUGACCGCAAGAGAAGUGAGGAGCUUAGGAAGGCUCUUGCCACCACUUAAU